ACAACAUCGUAUUUCCUUACGUGUGGCAAGACAUCAAUUUGUUCCUCGCACAGUCGUCUAUCCUUCUCGCGACACUUUUGGACUUACAAACCCCUCCCUUGCACUCUACACAUAGAACACCGCUACUAUGUCUACAAUAACGCGCCCCAAGAUCCCACCCGUCGUGAUGGACAACAUCACUCAGCAGAUUGGCAAUACGCCACUUGUGCGCUUGAACAAGAUCCCGCAGUCGCUCGGUAUUGAGGCCACUGUCUACGUCAAGGUCGAGGCUUUCAACGCCGGUGGCUCUGUCAAGGACCGCAUCGCCCUGCGCAUGAUCGAAGCCGCCGAAAAGUCAGGACGCAUCAAGCCCGGAGACACCCUGAUUGAGCCCACUUCUGGCAAUACCGGCAUUGGCCUUGCCCUCGUGGCCGCCGUCAAGGGCUAUAAGACAAUCAUCACCCUUCCUGAGAAGAUGAGCCCUGAGAAGGUUGCGGUUCUGAAGGCGCUGGGCGCUGAGAUUAUCCGUACACCCACUAGCGCCGCCUGGGACAGUCCCGAGAGCCAUAUUGGUGUUGCGAGGAAGCUCGUCAAGGAGCUGCCAAACGCCCACAUCCUCGACCAAUACUCGAACGUCGACAACCCUAUGGCCCACGAGUUUGGCACUGCCGAGGAGGUUUGGGAGCAGACACAGGGCAAAGUCACAGCGCUCGUUGCUGGCGCUGGUACUGGUGGCACAAUCACAGGUCUCGCAAGGGGUCUGAAGAAGCACAACAAGGACGUCAAGAUCAUUGCCGCCGAUCCCCAGGGCAGUAUCCUUGCCCUGCCUGAGACGCUUAACAACGAACGCGUCAACGAGGGAUACAAGGUUGAGGGUAUCGGCUAUGACUUCAUUCCUGACGUGCUCGAGCAGAACAUUGUCGAUAAGUGGUACAAGACCGACGACCGCACAGCCUUCCAGUAUGCCAGGAGGUUGAUCUCUGAGGAGGGCAUUCUCUGCGGUGGUUCAUCUGGCAGCGCCAUGGACGCCGCUGUCAAGGCCAUCAAGGAGCUCGGUCUCGGCAAAGACGACGUCGUAGUCGUCAUUCUGCCUGACAGCAUCAGGAGCUACCUCAGCAAGUUCGUCGAUGACGACUGGCUCGCCGCCAACGACCUCCUCCCAGAAACCCCUCCUGACACACCCGAAGCCGCAAACGUCACCCGCCGCCUCUCGCUCAGCAAAACCAACAAGCACGAUGCCUUCCACGGCGCCACCAUUGCCUCGUUGCGCCUCAAGCCCGUCACGACCGUUCCCGCCACAUCGCCCUGCAGCGAAGCCAUUGAGACCAUGCGUGAGAAGGGCUUCGACCAGCUCCCUGUCUCCGUCUAUACGAACGCCGGCAAGCAGAGGCUCGUCGGUCUCGUCACAUUGGGCAAUCUGCUCUCAUACAUUGCAUCUGGUCGCGCCUCGCCGAAGUCGAAGGUCGAGGAUGUCAUGUUUGACUUCCGUAAGCUCAAUGAAGUUGUCAAGGACCUUGGAAGGCUGCAGAUGGAUGGCGAGGGCACAAAGGUUGGCAGCAGGAGGGAGUUCGUCGAGAUCACACGGGAUACCAAGCUCAACGAUCUGAACAAGUUCUUCGAGUGGAACUCGGCCGCUAUCGUCACCGAGAAGGUUGACGGCGAGACUCGCGCGGCCGCAGUCGUAACCAAGGUCGACCUUCUCACCUGGAUGGUGACUCAGAAGAGUACCAACGGUCACUAGACUGGAAAACAGGUGAAGAGGGCGAAGUAGAAGGGCUGCAUCAUACGGAGUAGGGGCAGAUGAUUUGCGUUUGACAUAGCAUGGAGUUUUGGGUAGAUACCAUUCAUCUGACUUCAUUAAGUUAGCAGAUGAAAGCUGCAGAUUUUAACAUCUGCAGCAUAAUCAAAACCGGUUCGUCGCGUUGACGAACGCCAACCGACCACUGAGUUCCUCCAGCCUCCAUCGCCAUCCCUUCUUCCCACACCGUCUAGAAUCUAGCAUUUUGAAAGAGAGAUAGCAACACGAACACAUGUCUCUGACCCGUGUAGUACGUCUUGCGUUGAUAACACAUUAGAGAGAAAAACACGGGGCACCUGUAGCCGUGUCCUAUAGGCUGUUUUUUUUGGCACAGCCACAGGAUCAUGCCAGG